AUGGGAUCUUCCUUUAUUUCUCAUUCUGAAACACCUCCCCCUGAUGGUAGAUACGGUUGGAUAUGUGUCGGCUGCUCAUUCGUGGUCCACUUCUUCGCUUUAGGGAUUGAAUCCUCGUGGGGCGUAUACCAGAAUCACUUCUUCACGUCACAAGACGUAGGUGCUGUAUCUAACUCGAAUCUCGCUUGGGUUGGGUCUAUACAGGCGACUGGACAGCCUCUGGUUGGGUUCGUAGCUGGCAUUCUGGCACAGCGUAUCGGCUUCAGAGUUACUGGAUUUAUUGGGACGUGUGUUAUGUGCCUAGCAUUGAUCACAGCGUCGUUCUCGACGCAGGUAUGGCAUCUGUAUUUGACUCAAGGAUUGAUGUUCGGCAUUGGAAGCGGCUUCGCUUUUAUUCCAGCUGUAUGCAUUCCCUCUCAGUGGUCUCUUGUUCAAAGUGACUGUGUAGGACUGGCGACCGGGAUAGCGGCCAGCGGAUAUGGCAUUGGAGGCUUGGUGCUUAGUCCCGUUACACAACAACUGAUCGAUCAUGUUGGCUUCCGCUGGGCUCUUCGCAUUACUGGUCUGAUGACCCUGGUUGCUCUAGGUAUAGCCGACGUGUUCCUCCGCCCUCGGUCUUCUGUAGUUCCACCUAGAAAAUUUAAUCGUUCAUUGCUGAUGAACAAAGUAUUCCUUACCCUUUGCUCAAUCGGAUUGUUCAGCGGUCCUGGGUUUUAUGUUCCUAUAUUCUAUGUACCUGACUAUGUCGUCAACAGACUGGAGCGCGAUGCGCAGGAUGGCGCCAAUGCUGCUGCUCUCAUAUCAGGCUUUUCGGCUUUAGGUCGUGUGUUUCUAGGCGUAGUCGGCGAUCAUUUUGGUCACUUGCAUGUUUUAUCUUUGUGCCAAUUUUUGGGGGGCGUUGGUCAACUGGCAAUAUGGCCUUUCACUCGUAGCCUCGCAGGACUGAUGGUUUUCACUUCAUUUUACGGAUUCUUCACCGGUGGCUAUGUUAGCCUAUAUCCAGUCGUCGCCGCCGAUCUGUAUGGCGUAGAAGGUCUGGCAAGCAUUACCGGAGUCAUGUUUGCCAGCUUUGUGCCGGGUACUCUGAUUGGUCCACCGGUUUCUGGGGCAAUCCUUGACCGAUACACCGACCCUAUUACCAAGAAAAUCAAUUUCCUUCCUGUGCAAUUAUUCGGCGGCAGCUGGCUAUUAGCGUCGGCCGUUAUGGCCGUAACGGUGCAGGUGUUUCAACGUUCAGCAAGAGGGUCACCAAGGGUGCUUCCGUGA